CCUUGACAUUUUUUACUUGCGUGUCCCCCUAAAAUAAUCCAUUUGAAUAAAUACAUUUUAAUUCAGAAAUGACAAACUAUUAAUUGAAUCUAUUAUUGAAUAAGACUGAAAAACAUUUGACUCGUUGUUGACUCCUCCUGUUAUUGUGAAUGAGAACUAAAGAGUAUGUGUCUGUUUUACAAAAAUGUUCAUUGAUAAUUCUUGUUUCAGCGUAACUCCGUGGCCCCUGCAUUAAAACCUUGGGGCUUAAACACUUCACUAGAUGUGGUUCCUCAGUCCCAGCUGCUUUUCCUACAGCCAGUCAUGCCAGCUGGUGACUGUACCGGCCAAAGCUCUGACAAGCAGAAACAUUCCAGAAAGCAUGUUCCCAUGCAAAACACCUUUCCAAAAAUUGCACAAGGGUCUAUAGUCGACGAGGGUCCCAGUGCUAUCAAUAAGAGGUCAAACCACAGUCAUGCUGGAAGACAUCAACGACGCCGUUAUGAUGAAAAACCUUUCCACACUUCCUCUUUGAAACAGGAUGUGUCCGAGACAUUUAAAGAUUACGAUGUAGACCCCAACAUUGCUUCUUUGGGAGAAAUCGGUCACGCUGUUGAAGACGUAGCUGUGGAAGACUCCUCAUCCAGGCUUUCUGACCUUCAGGAGCCCCACACCACUUCACCAUUCUCACUGUGCACUGACUCCUUCCUCGCUUCAUUCCCUCAAAAGAGUCCCGAAGCUUCAGUCACCCAGAGCAGUGAUGUGGAGAAUAUCCCAGAGGCCCUCUCUCCAAGCUCCAGCAAACGCAAACGCUUCUGCAACACCUAUAACAUUUUGAAUCGGUCAGGCCUGCUGGGUAUCACACUGCGCACAAAGGAACUUAUUCGACAAAAUGAACGUUCCCAGGCCCAGCUUCAGAGUCUGCAGGCUCAGACUGACCUCUUCUUGGAGGCCAUAUGUAGUGGAGAUCCCAAAGUCUGGACGAGAUUGCAGCUUAUCCUCCAGAACUCUGGAAACAGCGACUCACUGGUGGACUCUGUAAGGGGUGCAGAGCAGGAUAUCACAGAUGUGGGUUGUAUGGUGUAGUAGCAGGUUCGGAUUUUAUUAUUUCAGCUGUUGUAUUCUUGCUCCAACCGGCACUUUUCUAAUCAGUCGCUUAGCAAAUUUUCAACAUCUUGUUAUAAUAUCAGUAGGAAACAUCAAAGAUUUGAGUCUUCAAUAGAGUCCAGAGAUCUAGUUAUCACUCCAAGCGUUAGCUAUCCAACAGUAGUCAUCUUUAUCCUUGUGUCAAAAGUAUAUAACGACAGUGUUUAGGUUACAGUUGCACCUUUUUCUAAAUAAAGUGAUAGUGAUUCAGAAUUUAUUAGCAAACUCAAUUUGAAAAGAACGCUAUUAACCGUUCUAGUAUUUCAAUCUAAUUGGUUACUAUUUGGAAAGGAGGCCUUGGUAAACCAGAACCGAAAUUCUGCUCAGAAUCAAACAAAAUGGAAAACAGUUAUUUUCUAAUCACUGUAACUAAAAAAGGCCUUUAACAAAUGAAGAUAUGAGUACUUAAGUAUAAGUGCACAAUCAUUUUUUUUAUUCAGAUGAAAAUGUGAAAUUCAGU